UCCCUUAUAAAUUAUGGUGUCAGGAAGAAGAUAGCACCAUCAACCACACCUAUCAAUUCCUUCCACACCCUUGAGAAAGAAAAAGGAAAUGGGUUCUCUGGAAGCAAUCAAGAAGCCCCAUGCCGUGUGCGUUCCAUUCCCUGCACAAGGCCAUAUAAACCCAAUGCUGAAACUAGCAAAACUCCUUCACUUCAAAGGCUUUCACAUAACCUUUGUCAACACUGAGUACAACCACAAACGCCUUCUCAAAGCGAGAGGCCCUGAUUCCCUUAAUGGUCUCUCUUCAUUUCGUUUUGAGACCCUCGCCGACGGGCUUCCCCAGCCUGACAUUGAAGGCACACAGCACGUGCCUUCGCUCUGUGACUACACCAAAAGAACUUGCUUGCCGCACUUCAGGAACCUCCUUUCCAAGCUCAAUGAUUCCCCGGAUGUCCCUUCUGUGAGUUGUGUUGUUUCUGAUGGCAUCAUGAGCUUCACUUUGGAUGCUGCCCAAGAACUUGGCGUACCAAACGUCUUGUUUUGGACCACCAGUGCUUGUGGAUUCAUGUGCUACGUACAAUACCAGCAACUUGUUGAAAGGGACCUUACACCGCUCAAAGAUGCUAGUUAUCUCACAAAUGGGUAUUUGGAGACUAGCAUUGAUUGGAUACCCGGCAUCAAGGAAAUUCGACUGAAGGAUAUCCCUACCUUCAUUAGAACCACAGAUCCAGAUGAUAUCAUGCUUAAUUUCGCACGUGGCGAGUGCAUAAGAGCUCAGAAAGCUUCUGCAAUAAUUUUGAACACAUUUGAUGCCUUAGAGCACGAUAUCUUGGAAGCUUUCUCAACCAUUUUGCCACCUGUGUAUUCCAUCGGCCCUUUAAAUUUUCUCUUGAAUGAGGUCAAGGAUAAGGACUUGAAUGCAAUCGGGUCCAACUUAUGGAAGGAGGAGCCAGGGUGUUUGGAAUGGCUCGACACAAAAGAAGUCAACACAGUGGUUUAUGUGAACUUUGGAAGCGUCACGGUUAUGACAAAUGACCAAUUGAUUGAGUUUGCAUGGGGACUUGCCGCCAGCAACAAAACCUUCAUGUGGGUUAUAAGACCAGAUCUUGUGAUUGGUGAAAACGCUAUUUUACCUAAAGAGUUUGUGGCACAAACGAAAAAUAGAGGCCUAUUGUCUAGUUGGUGUCCCCAAGAGCAAGUGUUGGCUCAUCCAGCAAUUGGGGGGUUUUUGACACACAACGGCUGGAAUUCAACGUUGGAAAGUGUGUGUGGAGGUGUUCCAAUGAUAUGUUGGCCUUUUUUUGCAGAGCAACAUACCAAUUGUCGGUUCUGUUGCAAGGAGUGGGGGAUUGGGUUGGAGAUUGAGGAUAUUGAGAGGGGCAAAAUAGAGAGCCUUGUGAGGGAGUUGAUGGAUGGUGAAAAGGGUAAAGAGAUGAAAAAGAAAGCUUUGGAGUGGAAAAGAUUGGCAAAAGUGGCAGCUUCUAGUCCAAGUGGGUACUCGUUGGUUCAAUUUGAGAAAAUGAUUCGUGAAGUUCUUAUAGCAUUUUGAACGGGUUUUUCCAAGGAUUUCUUAAGAAAAAAAAUGUUUCUUUUUAGGUUUUUUUUUCCCAUUGAAACAUAUCUAUGUGAUAAAGAAAAAUUUCUUAAAAAUAAAAUUUA